AUGGACUCAUCAACUGGUUUAUUGCUUUUAUCAGCUAUAGCAGCAUACAUGAUCUGGUUCAAGUCCAUCGUACGGUCACUGAGGGGUCCACGUGUAUGGCCCAUAUUUGGCAGCUUACCUGGCUUAAUUCAACAUGCCAACUGUAUGCAUGACUGGAUCGCCGAAAACCUUCGCACGUGCGGUGGCACGUACCAGACCUGCAUCUCUCCCAUCCCCUUUUUAGCUCGCCGCCAGGGUCUCGUGACAGUCACGUGCGAUCCGAGAAACCUUGAACACAUCCUCAAGGGCAAUUUCGACAAUUACCCAAAGGGUCCGACGUGGCAUGCUGUCUUCCAUGAUCUACUUGGUGAUGGGAUCUUCAAUUCUGAUGGUGACACGUGGCUGUUUCAGAGAAAGACAGCCGCGCUUGAAUUCACCACGCGUACGCUUCGUCAAGCCAUGGCUCGGUGGGUGAGCCAAGCCAUUAAGCUUCGGUUCUGCCCAAUUUUAGAAACGGCUCAACUUGAGGGAAAGUCGAUCGAUCUACAAGACCUAUUGCUUCGGCUUACUUUUGAUAACAUAUGCGGCUUGGCUUUCGGAAAAGACCCACAAACUUUAUCCCCGGGUCUCCCUGAGAAUAGCUUUGCAACGGCUUUCGACCGAGCCACUGAAGCCACUUUACAACGGUUUAUUUUACCGGAGACUCUAUGGAAGCUGAAGAAAUGGCUUGGGCUCGGGAUGGAGGUCGAGUUGAGCCGAAGCAUGAGAGACAUAGAUGAGUACAUGGCAAAUGUAAUCAAUACACGUAAGUUGGAGUUGCUGAGUAAGCUAGACGGUGGGACCCAUGACGACUUGCUUUCCAGGUUCAUGCGGAAGAAAGAAUCUUACACGGAUGCAUUUCUACAACACGUGGCACUAAAUUUCAUCCUAGCUGGACGUGACACGUCAUCAGUUGCUUUGAGCUGGUUUUUCUGGCUCGUGAUGGAGAACCCUAGAGUCGAAGAAGAAAUCCUGACUGAGUUGUGUUCAGUCCUGAUGGAGACACGUGGAAAUGACACGUGUAAAUGGCUUGAAGACCCCUUGGUGUUCGAAGAAGUUGACCGAUUGACUUACCUCAAAGCAUCACUAUCGGAAACACUACGUUUGUACCCGUCGGUUCCAGAAGACUCCAAACACGUGAUCGCCGACGACUUUCUUCCUGACGGCACCGUCGUCCCCGCCGGCUCAUCAAUCACUUACUCGAUCUACUCAACCGGUAGGAUGAAAUCCAUUUGGGGAGAUGACGUUCUGGAAUUCAGACCAGAGAGAUGGUUAUCGAAGGAUGGAAAGAAAUUCGAGAUCAAGGAUCAAUACAGAUUCGUGUCGUUCAAUGCAGGUCCACGAAUUUGUUUAGGAAAGGACUUGGCUUACUUGCAGAUGAAGUCGAUCGCCGCCGCAGUAUUGCUCCGGCACCGCCUCUCGAUCGUGAGCGGCCACCGCGUGCAGCAGAAGAUGUCAUUGACGUUAUUCAUGAAAUACGGGCUGAUGGUGGAUCUCCGCCCUAGGGAUUUGAGUCCGAUAGUGGCAAAGAUUGGUUGGCACGAGACGAGUGGUUAAAUUCAGACUAAAAAUAGAGUAUGCUUAUUGAUUAAGAUACACCGUCUGUCUGGUACAGAUUGUU